UCGGUGACCCUGAGGAGGGGCCCAGCGCGCUGGAGUCGGAACGAAGCCGGGGUCGCCCGGGAACCCCGGCCUUAUGAGAACGCGAGGCUGCUUAAAAGUAGUUGUUGGGGCAGAAUGCGGUGCGGUCAGGCCCGGGACCCCAAUCAGAGGGGUCAGCUGAAGCCUGGAGACUUAACGUUUGUGAGGUCACCUAGUGACAGAACCCAGGACUCAACUUGCCCUGCUUCUUGGACAUGCUAGUGUGGAAGCAUGGAUUUUGCUCUGUCUUCCUCAGAGCCUCCAGUCAUGGACCUGGAGGAGUCAGAGGCCUCUGUUCCUCUCUCCUCUUCGAGUUCCCCACCCUCAGUUGCUGCUCCUUUAGGACCUCCUUGCCGUUGGGAUCCAGCAGUCCCUGAGGCAGCUUCAGCUAAUGACUUGGAGAGGCCUGAACUUAAGGGUUUGGGGGGUCUGAACCAGAUGGACCUAGAUGAAGACCCCAGUGGACAGGAAAUUCAGGACCUGGUGAACCAGUUCCAGGCCCUGCCUUCAGACUUGCCAGAAGCACCUUCCCAGGAUGGGCACCCCUGCCCCCUUCACAUUGCCACUGGCCACGGUUUGGCCACUCCUGAAGCCCCAGAAAAUCAUGGACUUUUGUCAUCGGAAGUCAGACAUGAGGACCUGCUGAGUCUCCUUUGUGGUGAGGGAGAAGCACCUCUGACCCACACUCUUCCCGCAGGUCUUAAAGACCCUGAAGACCCUGUCCCCUGCCUUCUUCAGCCGCCAAAGGACUGUGCUGAGAAGGCAGAAGAGGGAUCUGUGGAUGGAGAAUGUAGUUCUAGUAGCUCCCCAGAGCCCUGGCUGGGACCUGCCCCUCUGCCCCAUUCUGAGGAGCCAUCUACUGGUGCUAGCACUACCCAGACCCCAGAAGCCUUAGCAUCCUACCCUACCUUCCAAGAAGUGGCAGGGCCCUGUGACCCAGAAGACCUGCUGGAUGGUGUCAUUUUUGGAGCCAAGUAUCUGGGCUCCACCCAGCUUGUUUCAGAGCGGAACCCAUCUCCUAGUUCCCGAAUGGCCCAGGCUCAAGAGGCUGUGGACCAGAUCAAGGCUCCUGAGGGAGAGACCCAGCCCAUGACCGAAGUUGACCUCUUCAUCUCUACAAAGAGGAUCAAAGUCUUGACAGCUGACUCCCAGGAGGCUAUGAUGGAUCACUCUCUGCAGACCAUCUCUUACAUUGCUGACAUUGGCAAUGUAGUGGUGCUGAUGGCCCGAAGGCGUCUGACCCGGCAGCCUGGCUCCCAGGAACGGCGUCUCUACAAGAUGAUCUGCCAUGUUUUUCAUUCAGCAGAUGCCCAGCUGAUUGCCCAGGCCAUUGGACAGGCCUUUGGUGUGGCGUAUGGUCAGUUCCUUCGGGCCAGUGGCAUUGAUCCUAGCCAGUUGAGUGCCCAAGAAGACUGUAGGAGGCUGAAUGAAGGGGACCUGCACAAUGGGGACCUGGCCCACUUCUCAAAUCAGGAGAACUGCAGAGAUGUGUGUAUUGAGAAACAGCGGGGAGAGGGUCUGGGAGUGGCUCUGGUAGAGUCUGGCUGGGGUUCCCUGCUGCCCACGGCUGUCAUCGCCAACCUGCUGCACGGAGGUCCAGCUGAGCGCUCUGGGCUGUUGAGCAUUGGAGACCGGCUCACCGCAGUCAAUGGCACCAGCCUGGUGGGGCUGCCCCUGGCCUCAUGCCAGGCCAUUGUCCGAGAACUAAAGUCUCAGACUUCAGUGACUCUGAGUAUCGUUCACUGUCCACCUGUCACCACGGCCAUCAUCCGCCGACCUCAUGCUCGAGAGCAGCUGGGCUUCUGUGUGGAGAAUGGCAUUAUCUGCAGCCUGAUGCGUGGAGGCAUCGCAGAGCGUGGGGGCGUCAGAGUUGGACACCGAAUCAUUGAGAUCAAUGGGCAGAGUGUGGUGGCUACACCCCAUGAAAAGAUUAUCCAGCUGCUCACCCAGGCCCACCAUGAGGUCCAUAUUAAGAUGAUGCCAGCCUCUACCUACCGCCUCCUCACUGGCCAGGAGCAGCCCAUCUAUCUGUGACCUGGGAGGGGGGCCCAGUAUGGCCCCCCAGAAUUUUCCCCCCAGUAUCUCUACCCUCUGGACUUGGGAAGAAAUGUUCCCCAAACUCUGCUUCUAUUGGAGAUCCUCGUGGCCAAGACUUCUCUUCUCCUGGGCUCUGCCCACUGUGCUAAGGCCAGUGUCUGUGCCUUACACUCUCGCAGGCCAUCUUGGGCCUCAUAUGGUCAGGGCUGGAGCUGCUACAAUCCUGGGCACCAGGGACCUCUUCCCCUCCCUGGCCUGGCACGGGUUCUGUUCAUCUACCUCCUUCCUUCGCCCACCAAAGAGAGAUGCCACUUUUCUGAAGGCAGUGGGGACAGGGGGGAGGCCACCAAAACAGCCAUCAUCCGCAGGAUUUUUAUUUUUAACCUAUCAUUUUGGCUGGUAAAAUUAAACUCUAGUGAAAA